GAAGAAGAACAUGAAACAACAUCAUCGUGUAUGCGUUGAAUCGAAAAUCGUCGAACGGUCAGUCGCUUAUGUGAUUUGAUUUACGCUGGAUGAGUGAGGAAAGAGAUCGACAUAUCAAAAGAAUAAUUGGCACAUACACACUCGGCACAUACAAAACUGUGUUAUCAGAGUAAAAAAAUCACAAUAGUAGGCCAAAGGAGCAAUAUCAAUUUGAUAGGAAAAUGCUGUUUGAAAAGAAUCUAUUAAAAUUUUGAAACAAUUUUUUUUUUCUGCAACUACCAUAUCACAUGACACGAUCACAAGAUUUGGGUGAAUCAACAAAAAUUUCAUUAUUCAUAGCGGCAUUCAUUGCUUGUUCCAUAAAGUAACUCGCGAAUUCCGAAUGUGGUCGAUGAAACACUGUUUCGUGUUUAUAGCUUUCAACAUGCACAUUAUUCCAUAGAUUUGACAAACCAAAUUUGUGUCCAAGAUGCAACAUGAAGAGAUAAAACAGCAUAAAUUAAAAUCAUAAAUUCAAAUAAACAUACAUAAAUUGUACAAAACAUAGAACAACUUUGGAUAAUAAGCUGGGAUAACAAAAAAAAAAACAUCAUCACACAGAAUCGAAGCAUCGAAUGGAUAAUUUCUUGAACAUAUCUUCGUUUAAAACGAAAAAUUGGAUUCAUUCAAACAGGGAAAAUAAUUCAAACAUUCAAUUUAGUUUAAAGUUCCGAACACACUGCAAUUGCAUACACAAAUAAAACCGAGCACCAUACAAUCAAAAAAUCAGAAUUUAAACAAAAAAAAACACAACUACAAACUAAUAGGAAAUAAAAGAGGCACUGACAAAGAUGGGUUUCUUAUGGCGACGCCGAUCAUCAUUGGUCAAAAUCGUAAUUUUGCUCUCGGCUGUAUGGUUUACUAUUGCAUUUUUAAUUUAUUCGGAGGAUCGAAGAACGUCAACAAUGGUCGCAUCGGGGCCACAAAGUUUGGAACUGAAAUACAACAAUGAGUUUGACGAUGUUGAAGAUAACGAAAAUAGCAUAGACAAUAUCAAUGAAAAUGUCGAUACAUUUUUUAACAAUGAACUGAAUUUUAACAAAAUUUCGAUGCAUAACGAACAUUCGAAAAAUAAUUCAGCAAAUAAUGUGAUUUUAAGCAAUUUAAAUAAUAAUGACAAUGUAAAUAGUAAUAAUGAUAACGACGACAGCAAUAUUUUUGGCAAACCUAAAAGACUUAAUGCACGUCAAAGAAUAGACAUCAAGAAAUCGGCUUCGGAUGAUAAUGAUAAAGGUGUUUUAAUACCACCUGCAAUGAGUUCACCCGAUGCUCCCGGCGAAAUGGGUCGGCCCGUAAUAUUGCCAACCAAUAUGUCAGCUGAAAUGAAAAAGUCCGUUGACGAUGGCUGGACUAAAAACGCAUUCAAUCAAUAUGCGUCAGACUUAAUUUCAAUUCAUCGAAGUCUUCCCGACCCAAGAGAUCCAUGGUGCAAAGAGAAAGGCCGUUACCUAGACGAUCUUCCACCGACUGAUAUUAUAAUUUGUUUCCAUAAUGAGGCGUGGUCGGUACUGUUGCGAACAGUUCAUUCAGUACUUGAUCGAUCACCAGCCCCCUUGAUCGGUCACGUUAUACUAGUUGAUGAUUACUCCGAUAUGCCACAUACCAAAAAACAAUUAGAUGACUAUUUUGCAUCGAACCCAAAGGUUAAGAUUAUUCGUGCCAAGAAACGCGAAGGUUUAAUAAGAGCACGUUUGCUUGGUGCUAAAUAUGCCACAGCACCUGUGCUAACUUAUCUUGAUUCGCAUUGUGAAUGUACUGUGGGUUGGCUUGAACCGUUGUUGGAUCGUAUAGCUAGGAACUCAACAACAGUUGUGUGCCCGGUCAUUGAUGUUAUUGAUGAUACAACAAUGGAAUAUCACUGGCGUGAUUCAGGCGGUGUGAAUGUUGGUGGUUUCGAUUGGAAUUUACAAUUUAACUGGCAUGCUGUACCUGAACGUGAACGUAAACGGCAUAAGAGCUCAGCUGAACCUGUUUAUUCGCCCACCAUGGCCGGGGGACUAUUUGCCAUUGAUCGCAAAUUCUUCGAACGUUUGGGAUAUUAUGAUCCACAUUUUGACAUCUGGGGAGGAGAAAAUCUUGAGCUUUCAUUUAAAAGUUGGAUGUGCGGUGGAACGCUGGAGAUUGUGCCAUGCAGUCAUGUUGGUCAUAUUUUUCGUAAAAGAUCCCCAUAUAAGUGGCGUUCUGGCGUUAAUGUUUUAAAACGAAACUCGGUUCGAUUGGCCGAAGUUUGGUUGGACGAUUAUGCACAGUAUUAUUAUCAAAGAAUUGGCAACGAAAAAGGCGACUUUGGUGACGUAUCCGAUCGAAGAGAAUUACGAAGCAAAUUGGGAUGUAAGAGUUUCAAAUGGUAUUUGGAUAAUAUAUAUCCGGAAUUGUUUAUUCCCGGCGAAGCUGUUGCAUCAGGAGAGAUAAGAAAUUUAGGAUUUGGUGGUCGGACAUGUUUGGAUUCGCCGGCAAGAAAAAAGGAUUUGAAAAAAGCGGUUGGAUUAUAUCCUUGUCACAAUCAAGGGGGAAAUCAGUACUGGAUGUUGAGCAAAUCUGGGGAAAUUCGACGAGACGAAGCCUGCCUCGACUACUCUGGAAACGAUGUCGUUCUAUAUCCUUGCCAUGGAUCAAAGGGCAAUCAGCUAUGGUCAUACGAUCCACACACCAAACAAAUUCGGCACGGUUCAUCUGAAAAAUGUUUGGCAAUAAAUGAAUCAAAAGACAAAGUCGUUAUGGAAGAAUGCAGCAUUUUAAAAGAGUCACAAAAAUGGCGUCUGGAAAACUACGAUCCAAGUAAACUGUAAACGAUUGCAAGUAAAAUUACAGUACAGAAUGUGACACAAUAAUCAAUGAAACAACAACAAAAAAAAAGUUAUAGAAUUUUCGUCAAACCACCUCACACCACAUAACAUUUCAAUUUUAAAUUCGUAGAUUGAAAUGAUAAACGUCAUGCGAAACAAAACAACCGCGACGAAAAUUUAUAAUAAUAAAAAGAGCCAACAAGAAUCAAUACGAACCUCAAUAAGCUCUGACUUUGAACUUAAACGGAAAUGUUGAAAUAAAUCUUUUCUUGAGAUAUAAUUCUAUUGUGAUAUUUCAACAUCUCAUGGAGAUUAAUGAGAUUCAAUGUAAAGGGAGACGUUUUUAUCGUGUAUUAUAUUAUAAAUGCAAUAAACAAUUAAAAAAAAAUCAAUUUUCGAAUGGUAACUGUACGUUGAAAAUUGACUAAAUAUAACUAUCUAUUCCUGUUUCCAUUGUUUCAACAUAUUUUUUUUAAAUAAAUGUAAAUAAAAGUCGAAUACAUUAGGAACGAGGUUUUUAGGUGAUUUUCUUUUCAAAUGUAUUUUUUUUUUCGAAUCGAUUCAUAUAAACGUAUCGAAUAAAAAUGUUCUUUUUUCUUCAAUAAUUAGUAUCUUAAUUUAAAAUGCUUAAAACUAGGGAAAAAAACUCAUCUAUUAAAAAUAUUCGCAUUGAUCAAUAGAAAGUUAAGAAAAAUGUAUGUCAUAUCAAUUGAUCCAAUUUACAUAUAAUGUUCAACGUAAAAAUGGAAUUACUCUUUUGAGCUGAAUUCAGUUUAUAUCAAUAAAGAAAAAAAAGACAAUGUUCAUUCUCCAUUGAUAGAAACUAUUAUAGGGUCUGUCACUCAGCGUUGUUCGGAAGAAAUGUGAUUUUCAUUGAUAAAAUACAUCAUACGUUUGGAUUAAGUUUUUCAAUCAAAUUUUUGAGAUAAUUUGAACAAAAAGCCCCAUAGUUUUCAUCGUGUCUAAGUGCACAAGAAAGUCUAUACAUUCAAUACAUUGCACUGCAUAAAGUCAUGAAAAAAUAAAAGAAAAAAAAAAUAGAAAAAAUUCUGAAUGGGUCAAAUGUGAGAACAUAAACCGGUUGGAAAUUACAAAUGUUUGUAGUACAUACAUCAUUUCAAUAAUAUUAUUAAUUUGUGCUAGCCAUUCCAUAAAAUGAUAUAGAUAAAUGUUUUCCUAUACAAUAUUUUGAAUUAUUUAUGUUAGACGUUCGAACUUAGAACAAUCAUACAAUCACAUAUAUGAAGAAUUUUACAUACGUUUUCUUUCUUUUUAAAUCUAAUAUUUAUAAAUGUGUACUUAUUCAAACUGCAUUCCAAAACAGUGAUUAUUAAAUAUGAUGGAAUAGACAAUUCAAUGAAAUAAUUUAGCUCCUACAUUUGGAUGACGAUUAUAUUAUCAAAAUGCUGACAAGAACUGAUAAGUUUAAUUGAAUAAAAAUGAUUAAUUUAUUUUUUUUGUUCGUUUUA